AUGAGUGAAUCAAAUGUAACAAGUAAAACAGAUAAUAAAGAUGGUGAAGAUGUUGGGGUAUUCGUCCAUUCAGAGUCAGAUUUGACUAGCUUGGCAAGAGAAAACAUAAAUUUUGCAACUAAAGAUGAUGAAAAUAGACAAGUAAAGAUGAUAAAGAGUUCAGAAAGCAGUUUUCCAACAAUAAAAUCAACAAUAGAAAAAAUAAAAAUGCCAGCUAGGUUUCUCCAAAAGUGUGUGGAUGUAAUAUUUCAUGGAAGGUGGAAAAUGAUAACUUUGAAUUGCUUUGAAAGGUUUUUUAUGGUGUAUUCCAGGUUUGUAUUCAGACAUUCGGUGGCAGUAAUCGUUGUAGUGACAUUAAUUUGUCUUUUUUUGGGCAUAGGCCAUUUUUUUAGACAUCCAGUUGAGGAUUCUGAAAGACAGUUUGCUCUACCGAACAGCAAAGCAAAAAAUGAUGAAAAAUUUUAUAAUUCAGCAUUUCCAGGGGCAAGAACGAGGCAUGAAAUAGUGAUUUUCAAGUCUAUGACAGAUGGUUCAGUUAUUACAAAUGAGAAUUUGCAUAUUAUGAAAAGUUUUCAUGAGGGUUUAAUGAAUUUAACCUUUACAUUGAAUGAAGGCGAAGCCAAGGAACUGUUGGAAGCAUAUAACGAAUUGAGAAAUAGUACAUCAUCAAAAAAUAGAGCCACUGGCGAAAAUCAUUUGAAUAGUACAUCCUCGGAAGAAGGAGGGCAUUUAAGGAGUAUUCUAGAAGAUCCAAUCAUAAAAAUGAAUAGUAUUGAGGAGUAUGAAUUAAUAAAGAGGAAGUUGAUUCCUGGACAAAAGUUUGGUUUUGGAGCAAAAAGGAACUUUAACAAGAACAAAUUCGGAAGUAGCAAUCAAACUAACCGGAAUAGUACUCGUUAUGAUUCUAAAGGUAAUCUUAAACCAAAGGAAAAGGAGAAGCACUAUUUGGAUAUAGAAAUGUUUACAAAAAAUGACUAUAUUGCACCACAAAUUGUUGAAGAAAAGGAUUCAUCAGGAAAAAUUGUGAAAAAGUAUAAAUUUAAUUUCAGUCAUGUUUGCGCAAGAGUUCAAGGUGGCUCAUGUAGACGUCCAUCUGGGAUUUUGUGGAUGUACAAAGAUACAAAGGACUUUGGAAAACCAAUCCCUGCUCCUUACGUAAUUAACACACUAACUUAUCAAUCUUUUAGAACUGAUAUGUGGCUUUCACCAACAGGAAUGGAAUAUGAGAAUAAAACAGAUUAUGUUAAGGCCUCCAGAGCAGCAAUUCUAGAAUAUCAGCUUUCAGAUCAGGAUAAAAUGAAGAAAUUUUCGUUCAGAUGGGAAGAACAAUUUAUGAAAUAUUGUGAGAAGGUGCAGAGAAGAUUACAAAAAGGUGAUUAUGGAGACGAUUUGAGGGAUGGAUCCAAUUUCUUGGCAUUUGCCAGUGACUUAGAUAUUGGUUCAGGAACAUACACAUCUGAGAAGAAUAAUAACAAAAAAAAUGGUACUGAGUACAUCUCUAAUGAUGAUUUUAUUUAUGAUGGCUUAGAUGAUAUUUAUAUUACGAAUACUGAAAAAGUCCACAUUAAAAAUAAGACAGGAAAUUGGCAAUCAUCAUCAAUUCCAAAUAUAAAAAGAAUAAGUAAAGGAGCAACCAAGUACUUAUUUAAAGGAGAGUCAUCAAAUGCUCCACUUUCGUUAUUUUUCAACGCAAGGAGAGCUCUGAGCGAUGAACUUACCGAGCAAACAUAUAUUCAUACUCUAAAAGAUUACGCAAUUAUUGGUUCUCUUGUUGUCAUAUUACUGAUUUAUGGCUGGACUGUUGGUUAUGGUAGUAAUAUAUAUACUUCAAGAGCAACCAGUGGAGUAUGUGGUGCUAUUGCAGCUUUAUUGGCAUUUAUUGGGGGAGCUGGAUUGUGUUAUUUGGCAGGUCUAGAACAUACAUCAACAGCCUCAGCAGCUCCAUUUCUAGUACUUGGAGUUGGAAUGGACGAUUCUUUUGUCGUAAUUAACUCAUUUAACAUGACUUAUCCAUUAAAGAAUGCUGAAGAUAGAAUUGUUUCUGCUGUCAGAGACUGUGGACUAUCAAUUUCUCUUACAACUUUGACUAAUUUAUUAUCAUUUGCAAUUGGAACAUCAGCUGGAUACUUAGCAAUCAAAAAUUUCUGUAUUCUAACUUUUGUUGGAUUAUUAUUUGGCUAUAUAACCUGCUUGACCAUAUUAUUGGGAGUGCUUUGCAUUGAUGCAAGACUUGAAGAAAAAAAAAUGAUCAAAAUUUUUGGAAGGGAAUUUUUCACAAAUCAUAAAUAUCCAGAUCCACUAGUUCCUGAUAUGGUGGUGCCUGUUGAGAAGUUCUCCACUGUAGCUUUAAUUGGAUUUCUGGUUUCUCAGUAUAAACAUCCCAAUUCAAAAGUUGAUACACAAGAGUUAAUUUUGAUUGAAAACAAUUCUGUUAAAAAUGGCGAUUCUAAUGAAAUUGAGAUUUCAAAAAUUUCAAGUAACUUUGAGGAUGCAUCAAUCAAUAGUCCAAUAGAUGAGGAAGAGGUAAUUGAUAAAAACGAUAAAAUUAAAAUGCUAUAUAAAAAUAAAGCUUCUGGAAGCGAAGAUCAUACUCGAAAUACUACCUACUUGAACAAUUCUGGGCCUCCAAGUACUCUUUUUAGUAACAAAACAUCAUCAAUACAAUCAAAAGAAAAUAUUUUUGAAACCCAGAGACAAGAAUAUUCAAAUUAUGGCUCUGAAAAAUGUUUGGAAAAUGAUGAAAAGAUUUUUCCCAAUAAUUUGAAUUCACUGAAUCAGAUAGAUAAAUUAAAGGAUAAAAUAGUCAAUCUUUCUAAAUCUGAAAAAAACAAUUCAAAGUUUAAUAAAAAGAAAAAUGAACACAAUAAAGCUAAAAGUGAAAAUAAGUCACAAGAAAUGAAGGUAAUUCCAAAUUUUGCAGAUAUUCUGGAUACAAGAUUGCUUCAUUAUAAGAGAGGAAGGUCAAAUGCUCAUAGUUCAAUUCAACUUACUGAGAAUAUUGAAGUUUCUGACUAUACUGCAGAACAACUUAAAAGGGAUAGAGGAAUGGUUCCAAAAAGCCAAACUGAAAGUUUGUUGUUAAGUUCUCCAAAUUCAGAAGGGUCUUAUAUCUCAGAAAACAAUCUUCAACCAACUAAUUCUCAUUUUACACCAUCAAGUUCUUCAUCGGAUUCCACAACAGGUUCAUCAGAGUCUGAACUAACUAUUUUUCCUAUGGAAACAAAACAAAAUAUUGGUAGAAAGAGUCGAAGAUUUGUAAUUAAAUAUUAUGCAACUUUUCUUACAAUGACUUCAACAAGAGUGAUUAUAUUUAUUCUAGCAUCCAUUUUCCUAGCUAUUUCAAUUUAUUCGUCUAUAAAACUUAAAAUGGGGCUUGAUUUAAAGGUUUUAGCUCCCCCAAGCUCCCAAGUUUACAAGUUUUAUGUUAACCAUGAACAAUUAUUUAAUAAGUACGGAGAUGUAACAUAUAUGAUGUUUCAAGCUUCACAAAAGUUAGGAGAUAAAAAUAAUAAUAAUUGGUGGGAUGACUCAUUUAUUCACGAUUAUAAAGAGUUACAAACAAAGAUUCAUGAUUCAUGGUUUACUGAGAUUAAACUUGAUGGUAUGGUCGCUUUUUAUGAUUCUUUAUUAGUUAAAGGACUUCCAAAGAAUUCUGUUGAAUACUCAAAGAUGCUUAAAGCAUUUAUUAGCUCCCCAUAUAAUCGGCACUUUGAAGAUGAUUUUGUUUUUAAUCAAAAUACUGGAGAACUCGAGGCUUGGAGAUCUGUCUUGAUUCCAAUUUAUCUUCCAGAUACGUCUAUUCGAGGAAAGUAUAUGACCGAUAUAAGAAAGAUUAUGGAUUCUGUACCAGGAGUUAAAGAACCAAUCGCUUACAGUCCAUUGUUUAUAUUUUAUGAAAGUGAUGUAUCAAUACUUCCUCAAACACUGUACAAUAUGGGAUGUGCUUUAAUUGCAGUUUUACUUGCUUCCUUAAUAUUAAUGCCAAGUAUAUCUUCAGUCAUCAUUGUUAUUAUUAUUCUAUGUAUGGUAGAUGUAUGUAUAAUUGGGAUGAUGGCUCAAUGGGGACUUCAACUAAAUAUGCUUACAAUGGUUAAUUUGAUUAUGUCUAUUGGUAUUUCUGUAGAUUAUUCCACCCAUAUAUGCCAUUGUUUUGCACAUUGUUCGGGUAAAGAUAGGAAUACAAGAGUUAUUGAAACUUUGGGAUUAAUGGGGAUUCCAAUUUUUCAUGGGGCAAUGUCAACUCAAUUUGCAGUAACUGUAUUGGCAUUCUCAGAUUCAUAUGUACUUCAGACAUUCUACAAGAUGAUGACUUUGGUUGUUUGCAUUGGAAUUUGUUAUGGUGCUAUCAUUCUUCCAGUUAUUCUUACAGUUUUUGGUCCAAUGGAUGUUAUCAAAUAUACUAAAGCUCAACAUAAGUAA